CACCUGCUAGACCACUAUAAAGCCCAAGAAAUGGACAGACACCAAAAAUGGUGCCCAGGGAGGCUGUAGAGCAUGGGUCACCCGAGCCCUCGUCACCCCAGGGAGAGGACUCUGGGCCUGAUCUGGUGGACCUACUGGGCUGGGCUUUGGACCAGAGCCACCAUUCCUGCUGCUCUUCAGGAUUCCAGAGAAUUUGAGAGGAAACAGAACGCAUUGUGGCCAGGCAUGUGACAGUGGGAUCUGGAAGCUACUGAGCUUCUGCGUGGGUGGUAGGCGGGCUUUCUCUGGAGGACGUCAGAUGUCAGUCACUGGAGGUGUUUUCUGAUCAGUCUGGGUUUACCAGAGACCUUUUGCUUGCUGCAAGGCUAAGUGGGGCGAGGCUGCAGGCAUCCAGCAGUGAGCUGGCCUGUGUCUCCUCCUCUGCCUCUCACCCUUAAUAAGUAGUUGUUGAAUGAAUGAAUAGUAUUUGAAUAUCCUUCAGUCUGAGCUGAAAGACAUACAUUCACUCAAAAGCGAAGCAACAGAGGCUAUAUGAAAGAGGACAAGCUUGGAGGUCAGAAUCCCACUCCCAGCCUUUAACCCUUUCAAAGCCUUGGGUUGGCAAACUUUCUGUAAAGGGCCAGAUGGUUUUGCAGGCCAAGAGGUGAAAUCGAACAUACUAUGUGAGUACUUACAUAACUGUUUAAAAAUAUAAAAACUAUUUAAAAAUAUAAAAAUCACUUCUUAGCUGGUGGGCCCUACGGAAUCAGAAAAUGAGCAGGAUUUCACCUGGGCCACACUUGGGCGACUACUGCUCCUUGUUUCCUUUAUCUGCAAGUUGUGACCAGCCCUUGUCCUAUUGGGACUGGAGAGUGUCCAUACGCCAGAGGUAAGGCAUCUGGCAGCCUUUAGUACAUGAUAACAGCACAAUCCUAAAAGCCCUAUGAUGUGGAAGGCUUACCAGGUCCCCAGCACUGCUCUGAGAAUAUGAACUCCUCUGACCCUAUUAUGAUCUCUGUUUUACAGAAGAGAAAACUGAGGCUCAGAGUGAUACAGUCACUUGCCCAAGGCAGAGCUGGGAUAUGAACCCAGGUAGUUGGACUCCAGAGUACCUGCACUUAACAACCAUGGUCGACUGCUCUAGGAGUCCUUGUUGCUGCUAUUAACUCAUUCUCAGUCAUCCUAAGGUCAUCUAAAGUGAGCCAGCCCAUGGAUCCUCUCCAAACAAUGAAUGGCACACAAGCGUCCCUAUUUGGCUGUGGUGUGUAUGUGUUUCUUUUAUUUGGCCACUGAUUUACUCCCUGAGUUACAAUUGCUUGGGCCUGUUGGUUUGACAUCUCUGAGCACAGGCUCGGGGAUGGAGGGGAGAUGAAGGGGAGGAGGCCUGGGGAUGGUUGAGUCAAGUGGGAGAGGCAUCCAGUUUACAAACAUGCAGACGAGGCAAUCUGUGUCUAAUUGCCUUUGGAGCAUGAGUUGGUUUCUCUCAGUUCUGAAAAGAAAGACAAAGGGUGGGGCCAGAAGAGGAACUAGAGGGAAGUCCUUUAAAGAAUGGAAAAAAGUGGCCUGGUUUCAGUCUGGAAGCAGGGGGAUGGACAAGGUGACCUCUCAGGGCUGCAUCCUGCCUCCCCGUUGAGCUGGGGAGUGUAUAGCCCACAGCGGAAACUACUUCAUAGGUGCAGAUGUUCUCCUUACAGUUUGGGUUUUCAAAAACCCCUUUUAAAUUUUUUAAAAUAUAGACUGAGGUUGGAGAUACAGGAUCUGAGAGGAUUUACGAAAUCUCUCGUUCUCUCGGCUAGUCUGGAAAAGUUUUAGAUUAUUAUGAUGUUGGUGCUAUGGACGGAAGGUUUGUGUCUCCCCAAAAUUCAUAUGUUGAAAUCUUAAACCCCAGUGUGUUAGGGGGUAGAGCCUUUAGGAGGUAGUUAGUUCAUGAGGGUGGAGUCCUCAUGAAUGGGAUUAGCAACCUAAUAAAAGAAACCCAGGAGAGCUGCCUCACCCUCACGAGGACACACAGAGAAGACAUUUGUCUAUGAAGCAGGAAGUGGGCCCUCACUAGACACUGAAUGUGUCAGUACCUUGAUCUUGGAUGUCUCAGCCUCCAGAACUGUGAGAAAUAAAUUUCUGUUGUUUGCUACCUGACUGUCAACAUUGAGCCUCUCCCACCCGUGGUGGCUGGUGAUGCUGUGACCUUGAAGUGUAACUUCAAGACAGAUGGCCGCAUGCGUGAGAUCGUGUGGUACCGGGUGACGGAUGGCGGCACCAUCAAGCAGAAGAUCUUUACUUUCGACGCCAUGUUCUCCACCAACUUCUCCCACAUGGAGAACUACCGCAAGCGAGAGGACCUGGUGUACCAGUCCACCGUGAGGCUGCCCGAGGUCCGCAUCUCUGACAACGGUCCUUACGAGUGCCACGUGGGCAUCUACGACCGCGCUACGAGGGAGAAGGUGGUCCUGGCAUCAGGCAACAUCUUCCUCAACGUCAUGGGUGAGUGCAGGGUUCUUGGCACUGGCGUCACUGUGUGCGUGCACGUGUGCCUGUCUCCUCCCACCUCCAUUGAGGUGGUGGCCGCUGAUACACCAGCCCCCUUCAGCCGCUACCAAGCCCAGAACUUCACGCUGGUCUGCAUCGUGUCGGGAGGGAAACCGGCGCCCACGGUUUAUUUCAAACGAGAUGGGGAGCCCAUCGACGCAGUGCCCCUGUCAGAGCCGCCGGCUGCUAGCUCCGGCCCCCUCCAGGACAGCAGGCCCUUCCGCGGCCUGCUGCACCGUGACCUGGACGACACCAAGAUGCAGAGGUCACUGUCCCUGCUGGACGCUGAGAGCCGGGGCGGGCAUUCCUACACAGAGCGCCCCUCCCGCAGCCUGACCCCGGAUCCCUUUAUCAAUGACCCGGCGACCACCGAGAACAUCCCCGAGACGGUGGUGAGCCGCGAGUUCCCCCGCUGGGUCCAUAGCUCCGAGCCCGUCUACUUCCUGAGCCACAGCCGUACGCCGGGCAGUGACGGCACCGUGGAGGUGCGCGCCCUGCUCACCUGGACGCUCAACCCGCAGAUCGACAACGAAGCCCUCUUCAGCUGUGAGGUCACGCACCCGGCACUGUCGAUGCCCAUGCAGGCAGAGGUCACGCUGGUUGCCCCCAAAGGACCCCAAAUCAUGAUGACGCCCAGCAGAGCCCGGGUCGGGGACACAGUGAGGAUUCUGGUCCAUGGAUUUCAGAACGAAGUCUUCCCAGAGCCCAUGUUCACAUGGACGCGGGUUGGGAGCCGCCUCCUGGACGGCAGCGCUGAGUUUGACGGGAAGGAGCUGGUGCUGGAGCGGGUUCCCGCUGAGCUCAACGGCUCCAUGUACCGCUGCACGGCCCAGAACCCUCUGGGCUCCACCGACACACACACCCGGCUCAUCGUGUUUGAAAACCCAAAUAUCCCAAAAGGAACGGAGGACUCCAAUGGUUCCACGUCUGGCCCUGCUGGCAUCCGGCUCACCUUGGUGCUCGCCCUGACAGUGGUCCUGGAGCUGACGUGAAGGCUCAGCCCUGCUCCCUCCAUUCCAUCUGGCACUGACAUCUCUGCAAUUGGUUUUCAUUUCUUUUCUAAACUACUUCCAGUCUUGUUCUUAGUCUCUUUCUGUCCAUGUCUUGGCUUCUUUGGUCAGUUUAAUUAAAACAGAACAUUUUUCCCCACCUCAGUCUAUGGCUCUGUAUUCUUCCUGGUCUAUAGCAGCAACUGGG